ACAAAUCGUCUACCACAGUGCAUCAAUCAAGCAAGCAAAGCUUUUCGGUGGCCUCUGCACUCUGCAGUCUGCAAUAAUGGAGGUACCAGUACCCCCAUCAUGGGCGGCCACCUUCACCGUCCUGCUGGCCACCGCCGUCCUCUUCCUCACGGCCGUCCUCCGCUGCCACCACCGGCGGCAAGCACGCAAGCACAACCUCCCGCCGGGCCCCCGGCCGUGGCCGGUGAUCGGCAACCUGAACCUGAUCGGCCCGCUGCCGCACCGCUCCAUCCGCGAGCUCUCGGCGCGGCACGGCCCGCUCAUGUUCCUCCGCUUCGGCUCCUUCCCCGUCGUCGUCGCCUCAUCCGUCGACGCCGCCGAGUUCUUCCUCAGGACCCAGGACCUGGCGUUCCUGGACCGGCCGCGGAUGGCCUGCGGCAAGUACACCGUCUACAACUACUCCGGCAUGCUCUGGUCCCACUACGGCGCGUACUGGCGCCAGCUCCGCAAGCUGUGGCUGACGGAGCUCCUCAGCGCCAAGCAGCUCCGGCUGACGGAGAGCGUCCGCGCCGACGAGGUGCGCGCCAUGCUCCGCGACCUCCGCGCGGCGUCCGCCGGCGGCGGUGGCGCGGUGGUGCUAAAGGACCACCUGCUCAUGGCGACGCUCAACGUCGUCUCGCGCAUGGUGCUGGGGAGGAAGUACGUCGGCGAGGGUGCCGGCGCCGACGCGGCGGCCGCGACGCCGGAUGAGUUCAGGUGGAUGAUCGAGGAGAUCUUCUUCCUCAACGGCGCGCUCCACGUCGGGGACAUGGUCCCGUGGCUCGGCUGGUUCGAUCCACACGGGUACGUCGCCAGGAUGAAGAGGCUGGCCAAGAUGUUCGACGCGUUCGUCGAGCACGUGCUCCGCGAGCACGACGACCGGCGCCGGAGAGAGGGCCCGGCGUUCGUCCCCAAGGACAUGGUCGACCUGCUGCUGCAGCUCGCCGACGACCCCAGCCUCGACGUCCCCAUCGACCGCAACGGCGUCAAGGCAUCCAUUCUGGAGCUCAUCACCGGCGGGACCGACACCUCGUCGGUGACGAUGGAGUGGGCCAUGUCAGAGCUCCUCAGGAAGCCCGACGUCCUCGCCAAGGCCACCGAGGAGCUGGACCGCGUGGUCGGGCGCGACCGCCUAGUCGCAGAGGGGGACAUCCCGAGCCUCCCCUACCUUGACGCCGUCGUGAAGGAGGCCAUGCGGCUUCACCCGGUGGUGCCGCUCCUUGUACCACGGGUGUCACGCGAGGACACGUCGGUGGCCGGCUACGACAUCCCCAAGGGCACGCGCAUUCUCGUCAGCGUCUGGGCCAUCGGCCGCGACCCGGCGGUGUGGGGGGACGCUGCGGAGGAGUUCAGGCCGGAGCGGUUCGUCGGGAGCGAGGUGGACGUAAAGGGGCAGCACCUGCAGCUGCUGCCGUUCGGGUCCGGUCGCCGGAUGUGCCCCGCCCAUGGCCUUGGGCUCAGGAUGGUGCAGCUGGUUCUCGCGAACCUGCUGCACGGCUUCACUUGGAGGCUCCCCGACGGCGUGGUGGCGGAGGAGCUGAGCAUGGAGGAGAAGUUCGGGAUAUCCGUGUCGCGCGUGGACCAUCUCAAGGCCAUCCCUGAGCCCAAGCUUCCGGAUCACCUCUACUAGUUUGGACCGUGACCUAUGCGAGCAUGCUAGGUUAUCGGCCUUGCUCCUGCUAUUCACAUUAUUGUAGUGUAGAGUGCAUCUAUAUCGUAGAUCACUGUCACUGUAGCAAGUGUGUGAUCAUAGUUAUGCCAAUUGUAUCCAUAUAGAAUAUGAAUAAUUUAAAUAGUUAUAUAAUGUUCCAAUUGUUUCAA